AUGGACACCCGCAACAACAGUUACGAGUACGUUGCCGACCUUUUGGGAAUUAAGGAUUUGGAGAGCCCUAAGGAUUGGGGAGAGAUUAGAUAUGAAUUGACUGAUGGUACCGGUGCCGAGCAACAGGCCGAGCUAAGGAACGAGGGUAAGGAAGACGAGUACAUCGCUGUCAAGGGAUCCUUCACCUGGGUGGGACCUGACGGCGUUCUCUACCGUAUCAACUACGUUGCUGACGACAACGGAUACCAGCCCACAAUUGAACAAGGACCUGGAGGGGCUGUCCCACCCGCAGUUGUUGCCUCGCUCCUUGGUUAA